AUGGCCACUGUCAAGUCUGCCAAGUACCUGAUUCUGAAGACAGCGCCCUCAGGUAACAUAGACACCAAGGAAUUCGACCGCGGCCUGCUGGAGCUACGGAACACGCCCACUGCCAGUGGAAGGUCACCCGCCAGGUGCUAUAUGGCCACCCCCUCCAUACAUUACGACCGCCGAGCUGCAGCCCGUGCUGGCCAUGUGAAAAGCCAGUACAAUAAGCACGCACGCCCACUUCCCAAGUUGAGUGUCGGCGACUAUGUCCACAUUCAAAACACAGACGCCCACCGAUGGGACAAGGUUGGGGUUGCCAUGGGCUGCGGCCGUAACAGGGAUUACGAGGUGCAACACCCAAGUGGCCGGGUGUGGUGGCGUGAUCGUCGUUUCUUGCGCCCCAUCCCAGAUCCCAGUAUUGACCCACUCUCCCACAUCCCUGUGGUCCCUUGCAUGGACAAAACGUCCACAGAAGUAGAGAUACCCUCCUAUGCCCUACGCAGAUCAGAAAAGCUAAGAAAAUAUGCCACUUGAGACACUGCUACAAGUGCAAAGGGGGGAGGGAGGUGUAGAUAUAUGAAAUGUGUGUCAUGUUUACCUAUGCCUCUGUACAACCAUUUCUACUUGAAAUGUAAAACAGAUACACCCGAGGUGACAAUAAUUACAGAGCCUAAUUGGCAAGCCCCCGAGUUUGUCUGCUACCUCCCUUCAGUGGUCCCGCAAGCUGGAGAGAAGACAGGCCAACUGUUACCCUCUCCUGCUCUCAGGAGAUGUACAGAUGCCCAAUAAACAGCAGG